CCGGCCCGUGCGGUCAGCUCUCGGAGCUGCGCCGCGUCGAGAGGGGCCUCGGUUGCCGUGGUGCGGCUUUUCAUUGAAAUUCAUUGGGGAGGAAAAAAAAGCGGAGUGUAACCGGGCAGCGCGGAGAAACGUGGCCCAGUUCCGGCGUGGACGCGCCACGGAUUCGUCGAAUACGCUCCGGCAACCAAGGACACGCACAGCCCUGCUCGAAUAUCUGCCGGAAUAGCUUAUUGGCCAGUGAACGGGACAUUGAUAAAUUAAUUCAGACGGAUAGGGAUCAUACGCGGAUACCUCGUGGUUGAUUAUGCGGGGCACAGAUGCACGGUAAGCGGAUUAAAUGCGAACUACCUCGGGACAUCGGCAAGAAACUUCCGUCUUCGGCCACCAUGCAGAGUCUCAGGCAGUCCGUCGCGAUCGCCUUGACCGUCGUGCUGGCGCUGGGUCAUCGAUCAAGCGGCGGCGUGAUCGGGUUGGAAGAAGACGAGGCUUACCACGUGCAGAACCAAGCCGCGCUGGAGAAUGCUGCCCACGAUCAACAUCAGCUUUCGCUGGCCAGCUCUUACGUGCAGUUCCAUGGACCGGUCGAGGGGCCGGAGUACGAGGUGAAAGUGCCGCAGCAUCACGACGACGGGAACCAUCUUGCGGGACAGGAGCACGAGGACACGGUCGACUACGUGGCGCACCCGAGGUACGAGUUCUCUUACGGCGUCGAGGACCAUCACACAGGCGACUUUCAUAAACAGAAGGAGGUUAGAGAUGGGAGCAGCGUGACCGGCGAGUACAGCGUGAAGGAGCCAGAUGGCAGCGUUCGAGUCGUCAGAUACCGCGCGGACAAGGACGGAUUUCAUGCCGUGGUGCACACUUCCGGCCAGAACGACCACACUGCCGCUACCGCUACUGCCUACGCUGGUCAAGGCCAGGAGCAGGUUCACGAUCAUCAACUGGCUGAGCAACAGGGACAAGACGUUCACGGUUAUGUCGCGUCGUACAUCGACCAUGGAUACUGACGUGUUUUGUCCGUGUCCGAUCGCUCCUACCCAUUGUUCUGCACCUGGAUGUUAGCGUGUAUUAUACGGAGCCGAGAAGUUGGCUGGCUAUAUCUGCCGCUGAGAUAUAGCGAGGUUCUGGAAUUGGUUGGACGUUGGCGGGAAAAACGUUUCUAGUGGCAGGACAAAUGGAUUGAUAGAAGUGUAGUUUUCUUAGGGUCUGGGACUGUGAUAGGCAUCUUUAAUGUCGUUUGAAGUUUGGUCACGGCAAUUGUUACUAAUUCUAACGGGUAUAAGUCCUGGCUUGGAAGAUUGGUUUACGAUCUAGAUAUAUUGCAGUGACGACUGUAAUUACAAAUUGAGAUAAUAGCGGAGUAAAGGGAAUUGUCCAAUUGUGAUGCGUUAUUGAGUAGUUAUGGCGGCAGUGACGCCUCGGUAUUGAUACAUUAAGGCGUCGAAUGUAAUUAAUUUAUGUGAUAAUUUAUCGGUACGAUUAAUUAUACUGUAGUAUUACAUUACAAUUGAUCAUUAUAUUACUAAUGUGACUAAUUAUAACGUAAUGUUACAUAAUACAAUGUUAUAUGACACAAGUGUAAAUGACAUUUUCGUUAUUAAUCGGUCGCGUGACAAAAUGAAAUACAACGAUAUAGAAUGAUACUGUUGUAAAAUUCCGUAUUCCAAAUUUCAAAUGCUUACGAAAUUUGUAAUGAUUAUUCUAAAAUAUUGCAGAUUUGAUAGUCUUCUUACUAGAGUCUUCUCGAUAUACUUUUAACUUCUAGAUUGUCGGCCAAUUUCUCAUCACCGCGCAAUACGAGUCUCGCGUUACGUUAUACCA